UGAUUUUUACGCGUCGAACUACCAGCCCAAGUAAAUACCAUCAACUCUGAUGAUGCGGAGCGCGCAAACUUUAUCUCUUGCCAGGCUAACCUGGUCAUCGUCGCGACAAGUCGUACAGACAUGUUAUAUGCUACACCAUUUCCGCAAAUAUACUACGACCUCAAUAUCAGGAGAGGGCCCCGUGGUCUCCGAAACUAAUCGCGCAGAGGCUACUCUGAAGCGUUUCUGGAAGACAGUUGGAAUUGACAUUAGGGAUAAUGGCAUUGCCGUGACGCUGGACAAACGAGCACUAAAGACUCCCUCCGGCAACACACUCUUACUCCCAAAGGGAAAGCGUUUGGCAGCAACUGUGAUAGCCAACGAGUGGGAAAACCAGGAAAAGUUUCUUAAACAACACGCUCUGCCAAUGACAUCGAUCGCUGCGCGAGCAAUCGACGCUCUCCAAGAUGAGGAAACCCGGAAGCAGGUUCAGACUACCCUCCUGAAUUACCUAGACACUGACACUAUUUGUUUCCAUCACGAUGACCCACCGCCUUUGGUGGAGCUGCAACAAAAGCGCUGGGAGCCCGUUCUUGAGUGGGUGAAGGUGACGUAUGGUGUCGAAGUCAAGGUGUUUGAUUCGAUACUUUUACACUCUCAGCCUGAGCAAACGAAGAAAGUACUUGGCGAUGUUAUUGGCCAGAUGGACCCAUGGGAGAUGGCUGCGAUGGAGCGCGCAACCUAUGUGACGAAGUCCUUCCUCAUUGCGCUUGCUCUCGUUAAGCGGCACCUUACUGUCGAGCAAGCCGCUGCUGCUGCGCGAGUCGAGGUGGAGAGCCAGAUUCAAAGAUGGGGAGAGGUGGAAGAUACCCACGACGUAGAUUUCCAUGACGUUCGCAGGGAAUUGGGGAGUUCUGCUUGUUUGGUCACUAAUAUGCUUUAAGCCUUUCCUAUCUGGCACACCAUCCUAUCGAUCCGUUCCCGUGGCGUCGCGUAGUAUGGCUGUCCAAACCUGUUGCUCACAAAGGCUGACACCGGGCCCCGGAAGGUAGAUUCAGCAACGUUGUUGACGUGAGUAGAUACCCUAAUUGGCAUUGAAACGUCAAACUCUGUUCCGGAGGGCCGUCCCGCAUUUCAUAACCAGAGUUUCUUUCUGACGUCGGCGAUCGUUACAUAAGUAGUACUCGACAGUUACGAUAUCAUGGUUCAGUCGAUUUCUUUGCGGCAUGACCUUACAGAACGGCCAUGUAACUUAUAGGUGUGUGAACCAGGCAUCAAGUCAGUGGCUG